CCGAGCUCCCCGAGCGCCCGCCGAGCGCGCCGCCCUCGCCCGCUGAUGCAAUCCGAGCCCGGCAGCAGCGGCGGCAGCAGCAGCAGCACCGGCAGCAGCAGCGAUCCGAGCCUCAGCAGCACCGGCAGCAGCAGCCCCGGCCGGCCCCGGUCCCGCGCAGCGCCGCUCUAUCGGCCCCCGGGGCUCGGCGAUCCCGCUCCAUCCCGCCCGGAGCCCCGCAGGAACAUCUCCCCCUCCCGCCAGCAUGAUCAAGGGCUGCCAGAAUGAGUACACGGGUGAAACAGGAAAGCAGAUGACUGAAUCUUUCAAGGCUUCCGACUUGAUUAUCACCCCAGCUACAACAUUCAAGGAGAAGCCAGACCCCACUGGUCUGGUGUUUGGAACUGUGUUCACUGAUAACAUGCUGACAAUUGAAUGGUCCUUGGAUUCAGGAUGGGAGAAACCCUGUAUCAGGCCUCUGGAGAACCUCUCCUUACAUCCAGCCUCCUCAGCCCUGCAUUAUGCUGUGGAACUCUUCGAGGGGAUGAAGGCGUACCGAGGCGUGGACGGCAAAAUCCGCCUGUUCCGGCCGGCCCUCAACAUGGACAGGAUGGCACGGUCAGCCCUGAGGACAACCCUGCCAUCAUUUGACCAGAAGGAGCUGUUGGAGUGCAUCCGUAAGCUGGUGGAAGUGGAGCAGGAGUGGGUGCCCUACUCAACCUCUGCCAGCCUCUAUAUCCGUCCUACCCUCGUUGGAACUGAGCCUUCCCUUGGAGUGAAGAAGCCGACUAAAGCCCUGCUGUAUGUCAUUCUGAGCCCUGUGGGCCCUUACUUUGCAAGUGGAAGCUUUAAUCCAAUAUCCUUAUGGGCAGAUCCAAAAUACGUGAGAGCCUGGAAAGGGGGAACAGGAGACUGCAAAGUGGGAGGGAAUUAUGGUUCUGCUAUUUAUGCCCAGCAAGAAGCCCUGGAGUUUGGCUGCCAGCAGGUUUUGUGGCUCUAUGGAGAAGAUCACCAAAUAACUGAAGUUGGAACAAUGAAUCUGUUUCUCUACUGGAUAAAUGAAGAUGGAGAAAAUGAGCUGGCAACGCCACCUUUAGAUGGCAUCAUCCUUCCAGGAGUGACAAGGCAGAGCAUUUUGGAUCUGGCACGCAGCUGGGGAGAAUUCAAAGUGUCUGAGCGAUACAUCACCAUGAGUGACCUGACAGCUGCCUUGGAAGAGAACAGAGUAAAGGAGAUGUUUGGUGCUGGAACGGCUUGCAUUGUGUGUCCCAUCUCUAAAAUUUUAUAUAAGGGCAAGCACUUGCACAUCCCAACUAUGGAGAAUGGGCCUGAGGUAACAACCCGUUUCCUGAAUAAGCUAACUGAUAUCCAGUAUGGAAGAGAAGACAGCGACUGGGCAGUGCUGGUGUCAUGAAGGUGGCAGAGUUCAGAGCCUCCAGACAGACCUGACAUCUGAACAGUGACAAAUUCUGUAGCUGCCAGUGCAUAGUCCCAGUAUCAAUUUGCUCCCCAGGAUGAUUGUUUCCACAAUCUGGCAAAUGUGAACACAAUCAUUUUGAUUUCUACUGUAAUCCUCUUGGUAGAAGCCUGUCUUCUUGGUAGAGGUGCUAAAUGUUAGCAAUAGAACUUUCCCAAUGGUUUUCUUAGUGCCUCCUUAUAUAGAGUCUGGAAACUUGUAAAAUGCUCUUCAACUGCUCUUCAGUUUGGUUUGUUUACUGCCUCCACCAACAGAACGUGUGUCACAGGAGGAUGUGGCCUGUUAGCUGCCCACAGGGUUCUGUUGGCAUUGUUCUGCCUUUUGCUCUGGGUUUGGGAAACAAAUUUAGCCAUACGCUCCAUCCUUUCAUACUCUGCUGGUAUGGGAGGUUCCUGAGUUGCAUAGCCUGGUAGGUGCCCUCACACUCUGUCCAGUAACUCUGGCCUUUAGCCCAAAUUCUCUGGGUCGGUGUAGCCUGCAGGAUGGUCCCUGUGGGCCUGUUGCCCUUCCCUCCCUGGGGAUUUGCAGUGGCUGCUUGGGCAGUGCGUUCCUCUCUAAGAGCUCAGCGCAUCCUUCUGGACAAGAUCUAAAAGGCUGUGUCAGGCUUUUCAAAAUGAGAUGAAGUUCCCCUCUGGCCUAGCAGGGCUGGGCUCUGCAGACACGCUGUUGCCUUCCAGGUGAGGUCUGGAAAGUGAGAUUAGACAACUUCGGCUGUGAAAAUAGAGUCAUUCUUCACAGCAACCAAACCUUUGGAUUGAGGAGUUUCUUCCAUCACCCACUCACAUAAUUUAGAUCAGAAAAAUGUUGUCCCUUUCCCAUGCUUGCUGUGUCCAGCCUCCUUUGACACGUGUGCUGUGGAGGGGCCUUCCUGUUAAGGAGCAAGCAGGGUUGUCAGCAGAAAAUGUCUGGAAGGAAAGGAGUUUGGUUCAAGCCCUGAUUUCAUUCUGGUUAAGCAGAUAAUCCAUAGAAUGCUGCUUUCCCACAUGCAGUCCUGGUUCUUUGGAAGCAAUACAGAGCAUGUAGCCCAUAGCUGGGGAAGUAACUUCUGCAAAUGUUCACUGACGACCAUCCUGUAAUAUUUAUUAGCUUUCUCCUUCUGCACACAGCUUUGUUGAACAGCUUUAAGAUACCUCUUGCCAAAAAGGAUAACCAUACUCUGUAUCCAUGUUCCAAAGUGCUACUUCAGUAUAAAACUGGUGGAACUUAACACUUUAUUGGAAUCCUAUAAGAAGUAAAAGUGAAACAUUUCUUGUUCUAGUUUGCA